AUGGCUUCAACCGCAGGGAACGAUGAUGCCAACAAAGGGCCCAUGCUGUUGGCAGUGAUGUGGUCUUUGACCAUUGUCACUGCCAUUAUUGUCACCGCGAGAAUCUAUAUCAGAGCAAAAAUCGUGCGAAAUCUCGGCCCGGAUGACUGGCUGAUUAUUGCCGGAAUGGCCCUGGGUAUCGUUUAUGUUGCUAUAACGCAUGUCAACGUGGUCGUUGGCUACGGCAGGCAGCAAAAGACCCUCGCUAUAGAGAAUAUCGAGACUGCGAUUAUGCUCAAUACAGUCAGCUUUAUUUUCGGCAUUCUCUCAUUCACAAUUCCCAAGCUUGCGGUUGCUGCCAUGUUGAAUAGAAUCCUGAAUCCCACUCGUUUCCAGCGUUAUUUCCUCUGGAUUUUAACUGGGUUGGGUACCGUGAUAUCCAUCGUGUGUAUCCUGGUUCUCUUUACCAUGUGCUCUCCCCCACAGGGACUUUGGAGAGUUCGAAUGAAGGCUAAGUGCAGAGACACCUGGAUCCUUAUCAACUAUGCAAUUUUCACUGGAGCUGUAUCGGCAUUUGUCGACUUAUAUCUGUCGAUCUAUCCGACAACCGUACUGUGGAAACUUCAAAUGUCAACUCGGAAAAAGGUUGCGUUGAGCGCUGCCUUAAGCCUUGGAUCUAUCGCGUCCGCUAUGGCAAUUAUAAAGUGUACACAGCUUCAGGGGCUCGCCGAUCAAUCCAACUAUACAUAUAGCACUGCUGAACUGGUAGUUUGGACAAACAUUGAAGCAAACGUCGUCGUCAUAGCAUCCUGCAUCCCAACCCUUAAACCCCUGAUUGAGCGUCUUAGUGGAACUAUAAAAGGUUCACGAGGUAGCAGUGGCCGAUACUAUGGACGCUACGCCAAAGACAGCAGCGGGCAAAUAAGGUCCUCGUCGCAACGAAGCAAGCGAUUUAAUUCGAAGAAAAACAGUAUUUCAAUUACCAAUGCCGUUAGCGAAGAGAGUUUCCUGCCAACUCGCGAGACCAAACAAGGCAUCCGUCGGACAGACGAUGUCUGCGUUGAGUACGAGAUGCAGGACGAGUUCUCAAGGGAGGCCAACAUCCCAAGCCAGCACGUUUGAGCCUCAGGAAACAGAAAUUUUCCUCAAUCAAGAGGAAUUGCCACGGCUCGUUGAAAUAGGAACCGAUCCGAGCGUCAUUAAAUUUAUGCAUUUGAGUGCAAUGUUUAAGAGUACCUCUUGUGAAGUCCUCGACGGGAUUGAACUCAUUCCCAGUCUGUGUCUCCAGGCGUCUCUGCAGUGGCAAUGGGAGACGAAGCUGGGCACACACACUUCAGGGAAUUCUGAUGCGAAUGAUGCUAGAAAUUCGCGAGCAUACUUGUACAUACAUAUAUAACUUCAUCACUUCAGGCUCGGGGUCGGACAAUGGACGGCUUAAGAACCACGCGUCGAAGGAUAAAUCGAUACAUACUGU